GUCCCAGGUCUCUGAGCAUUGAAUGGUCUUCCUCACCUAAAAUGACACAGCAAAUGAGAGACUUACAACUUACCCAGUCAAGGAAGCAACCAGGGCCCUCCUCUCCAAAUGCCGCCAAGAGGCUGUACCGGAACCUGUCUGGAAAAUUCCGCGUUAACUACAUGUCCUUCGAUGAAGGUAGCUUCACAGGGAGGAGUGAAAAGGAGAAGCUGCGGAAGUCCUACCUUUUCCAAGGCAACGCUGCACUCUUUGAGGCCGUGGAGCUGCAAGACCUGGACAAAGUUCAAGAGCUGCUUAGGCAGUACAGCCUGGAGGAGCUGGACCUAAACACCCCCAACAGUGAGGGGCUACUACCCCUGGACAUCGCCAUCAUGACCAACAAUGCACCCAUCGCCAAGACGCUGCUGCUGGCCGGAGCCAAGGAGAGCCCGCACUUUGUAAGCCUGGAGAGCCGGGCUUUGCACCUGUCAACGCUGGUCCGGGAGGCCGAGCAGCGGGUGAACGAUCUCACGGCGCAGGUGGUGAACGAGGUGCCCACUGCAGACGGCUCAGAAAAGGAGAAGCAGCUGAAAGCCUGGGAGUGGCGCUAUCGGCUUUACAAGCGCAUGAACGCUGGCUUUGAGCACGCUCGAGUUCCAGAUCCACCCACGAAUGUUCACCUAUCAGUGGCCAGCAGCACUUCUGUGGAAGUUGUCUUCCAGGAGCCUCUGAGUGUCAACUCAGCUGUAGUCACCAAGUACAAAGUCGAGUGGAGCUGCUCCCCCACCUUCUCCCCACCACUGGGCGAGGUGGUGAUCGACAAGCUGAAAAACCUACACGUCACCAUCAGUGGCCUUGUCUCGGGUACUGCUUAUUACGUCCAAGUUUCUGCCUACAACAUGAAGGGCUGGGGACCGCCUCAAACUUCAAUACCACCCUUUGCUAUUCCCUCAAACUGGAGAGAAUAUGACGGGCGGGCCCCACGGCGAAGGGGGCAAGCGGAAGCUUUAGACCACCUUCUCACCCAAGUGAAGACUGUGCACCAGCACUGUGUGUGUCACGAGCCUUGCAAGAAUCAGCCACAGAGCAGGAAACACUCGGUCUCCAAGAGCCUCAAGUACCUCUUCCAUCCUGGGAGCAAAUUCUUAAAAACACUGAAAAGGGGUCUCUAUCUGGCUUCCAUAUUCUACAAGGAUGACAACAUUUUGGUGACACACGAAGAUCAGGUCCCUGUCGUGGAGAUAGAUGACACCUACUCCUGUCUGCUCAUGCAGGACUUCCUCUGGUUCACCAAGGUAUCUUGCAUGUGGGAUGAAAUCCUCUGGCUGCGUCAGUGUGUUACCGUCUCCCAGUCAUCCUGCUCCUGCAUUCUGCAAACACGCUUGAAGAUGCUACUGGCCAUCUCACAGAUGCAGGGUCUGCUGGGAAUCCAGGACCUGGGACAGGUCUUUUUCGAGCCCAUCAAAGACAAGCAGGGCAACAUUUUGGUUGUGACCUUGAAGGAGGUGAAGACCAACCAGACCUUUGAGAGUGUCCGCUGGGUUCCCCUUUCCAAGCUGCAGACAAGCCGCAAAUCUGUCUCCUCUCCUGAAGAGCCUACCGCUCUGGACGCGCUGUUGAUGACUGUGCAGGACAAGCUGGCUUACCACCAGAAAAGCAGCCAGGCUCUUCCCCCUGGCCUCUACUUGGGUUACCUGAAGCUCUGCAGCGCUGUUGACCAGAUCCGAGUGCUGGUACCUGAACGGUUGCCUAACAUCCUGUGCCAUGUGAAGAUACGGAACAACCCAAACAUCUCCAGGGAAGAGUGGGAGCAGCUGCAGAACCUGGCUGGCCUGGAGGAGCCUAUCCCUGCAGAGCAAGGUCUUGAGACCGCAGCCCAGAACUUCUUGCUCCAGGAGCUUCAAGGGGCGGUCAAAGAGCUGAUGCAGCUGGUGAACAUCUCCUUGCAUGAGGCCAAAGAUUUCCGUCUGUACAGUCAGGAAGUUCUGGACUUUGGAGGACAGGUCUCCUUUCUCUUGCUGCUGCCGCCUUCUGACGAUGUGUGCACUGCUCCAGGGCAGAACAACCCUUAUACUCCUCGGUCCGGCUUUUUCACUCUCCCUCUUCAGAUUUUUGAGCUAGUUCAUUUUUUCACUUACGACCACGAGUUCAUUAGUCAGUAUUGUCAAGUGUCUGCGCUCUUGGAGUUAGAGUCGCUUCUCUCCCAACAGAGCCUCAGGGAAGCUUUCUCCGAUUCAGAGCUAACCUCCGCCAAGCAGAGGCAUCAACAGGUUCAGGACUAUAUGCAGCAAAUGGAGGAGAUCUGGCGGGAAAUGCGUUGGAUGAUGGACGCCCUGCAGCAUGCCCGGUACAAGCAGCUAUCUUGCGGCAUUCCACUGGUGUGGUUCCUCGAGGACUCCAGCAUGGCGCUGAAGGAGAAAACUCAGUCAACCUCUUCUCACUUGGACUUCCUUCCCUCGCCUACCCCGUCUCCUGAAAUGAGUCGCAAGCUCAACUCAGAUUCACAUGGGAUAUCAGAUGAGGAAGGCUCAUCAGAGGUGUUUUUGGCCACAGACAGCGACUAUGACUCCAGCAGGGCUCAGAGCCCCCGGGAGCUGGACCUUGUUUACUCGACUUCCGGGCCGGAGUGCUGCAGCAGAAGGAACCCCCGCCCUCUGAGGGACAGUGCUCCCGAUGUCCUGCAGAGCCACGAGCUAAAGACAGCCCCAGUUCUGCCAGAGGAGCGCCGGCCUCCCCCCGAGCUCUACGACAGCGACUUUGUGCUCCCCAGCCGGCAAAUAGAGCUACUGCGCAUCACCGAGAAGCGGCAAGCGUACUGUGUCCGCACCAGCAGCCUGGAUUUUCCUAAACCCCUUUGCCACGGAGCCCGGAAGUCCUGCCCUGGUUCUGUUGACAGCUCCCCGACAGAAAGCAGGACUGCAGGCCGAUGCAGCCCUGUCAGGGUUGGGACUGGCUUGGCCUUCAGCCCCAAGCACGGCUGGCUUGCCGAGAGCUCGCAUCCUGUCUUUCGGACACGAUCCGUCGAGUGGACUCGGACCUUCCAAGAGGUGCCUGAGCCGGGGUACAUAGCAAACCAGGGCAAGUCAGCAGGCUCCACAGCAUUGCGUGUGUGUCCUCAGUAUGAAACGGGACUCUCCGAAGAGACAAACGUUAAGCUGCGCAUCACCAACAAGAUGUCGGCAGAAGAGGUGGUGAAGCUUGUGGUGGAAGAGAUGAACGAGGUCUCACGCAGUGUCCUGGGAGAUGCCGAUGCUUUCUGCUACAGCGAAGAGCAACUGGGACACUUCGGACUGGUGUUCGUGUCAGACGAAGUUGAGCAGUGGCUCCCCAAUGACUUUCUUCCUUUUUCGCUCCAAAAAGCUUGGCCCGAUGGGAGGUUCUACGUUCGGAUCAGAGAGACUUCUCCUCUCUUGUUUCAGUACGGACCUGCAACAACUGUAUGAGAGGAGGGGAGCGGGGAGGGGGGGGCAAGUAAGAAACAUCUAACUUCCAGUGAGCAGGCAGCUCAUCACCAAUGCUUCCUUCUUGAAAAGACCGUUUUGUGCCAGAUACCACAGGCCAAAAUGAGGAGCAUUCUGGGCAAUGUGUUGCUUUUGUGUGUGAGUGUGUGGGUUUAUUUUAACCAAAGAGACAAGAAGACUUGGAUGUUACGACUACAUGAAGUAAGGGUGAUGGAGUUUAGGGGCCUUCUGGAUAGUGGAAUGAAUCUUUUUACAGACUUUUUAGACAGGAGAAGAGCUGGUGGGGACAAAGAAGCAAUAUAUAAUUCUGUUUUUCUUUCUGAAAAAAUGAAGGAGGGAGGAAAUGCA